AUGGAUGCGAUUCCAUGGGAUCAGGUCAAGGCCGGGGAUCUGGAUGCCUUGCAGGUCGUUCUCCUCUCGAGUUCGACCUCGCGCAGGCUCCGGGCCCUGCAAGAUCUCCGCGACAAGAAUGGGUCUGAUUUAUCUCCGGAAACCCAUCAAGAAGUUCUCGAAUUGCUCUUCCGAACAUAUCCUCUAUAUGUCGAUCGAUCCUCCCGCCAGGCGGUCCAGCAAUGCCUCCGCUCUCUCCUCCGCACCCCCAAUGCGACCGAACACUUGAAGUUCCUCACUCAAAAACUGAAGACCGAGGCAGCCCGACCAGGCCUGGCUUCUGCAUUCGCAUUCGUAUUGUUGGAAUGGUGCUGUAUCUUACUGCAGCAAGCCAGUGAGGACCAGAACACCCCGCUGGCUAUUGUGCUCGAUUUGAUUACAGUGGUUGCCAAGGCUUUGGAGAACUGUCUCGCACACAACCCGAAGCCCGCAGUAAAGCAAUCCGCUCUGCGGGUAACAAGACGUGCUCUGCGCGCCGUCUUCUCCUCCGCAGCAUGGGGUAACGAUGCGGUGCGCCAGUCCGUCAGCCAAUUGACCACUGAUUCAGCCGCAUCAUACAAGAAUGCGCCCAUUCUUGGCGUUGUGUGUGGAGUCUGCGCACGACUAGCAGAGCAGAAGUCGACGCUCGAGGAGUCCAAGAAGGCCAUCUUGGCAUUCUACGUGAAGGAAAUCGUGAGCUCCAAGACCGUCGUGCCUGCACAUGCGGCCGAUGGCCUGGGCGAUUUCUUUGCCUCCUUUAUUACAUAUGAAGACAUUGCUACCGAGUUGGUGCCUCCCAUGGAGAAGUCCAUGCUGAGAGCGCCAGAGGUGGUUCUCAGUGGUGUGAUCCCGCCUCUCUGUGCCUCUUUGCCGGCAGACAUCGACAUUUCAGAGUUGGUCCAAACACGUCUUUCCAAGCACCUUCUUGCUAGUAUGAAAUCCAACAACCCGUCUAUCCGCCAAGGUGCAUCUGAAUCCUUCGGAUCUUUGCUCUCUCGAUGCAGCACCGAGCCCUUGGUCCUGAAGAUCACUGGUGAGAUCAUGGGUCCCUUGAAGACCAACAAGAUCACUGCUGCUGAGCACCGUGUCGCAUAUGCGCAGGCAAUUGCCACCAUUCCUUCUUCGACAGAUGUCUCAAAAGAUAUUGUCCAAGGGUUUGGUCCCGUCUUCACACGAGAGUCCAACGAGGCUGCCCUUGAAGAGGAGAUCAAGUCAUUCAGCAAGCACCUUGCUUAUCUCAUUCAAUCAAAGGUCAAGCUCAGUGACGACGUGGCAAACACAAUUGUCAAGGGUAUUUCUGACAAGCGGAUUCCUUUCCGUAAGCUUUGGCAGAUCAGCGUUGGCGAAAUUCUUUGGAACUCUGACCUUGAGUCUCUAAAGAGCGCCGAGGUCGAGCCUCUAGUCGCCAAGUUCCUUGCUAAGAUGAAGGAUCUGUUUGGCGAAGUUGCUUCAAACCCUCUUCCCUCUGCUUCAAGCGGUGCUCUUUCGUCAGCUUACCUUUUCCUGGCACUGUUCCACAAAGUCUCUGAUGUUCAAGGCUCUUCCAAAUCCGCUUGGGACGAAAAUGUAGCACAGUCGAUGACACUGAGCCCAAAGCCAUCUUUCAUGCUUAACCCUAAGGUAUACUCCAAAUUGGGCUCCAAAGAAGAAGUCCAGUGGCUUGUCAGGGCAUUGGCUGCUGUCGCUGCCGGCUCCAAGUUCACUAGCACCGAUGAGGCGUCUAGGACUGCCUGGGCCCAGGCCUUCAUUUACGGCAUUGUCGCCCCCGCUAUCCCCUCGAACUUCCGAGAGACUUCCGCGGAAUCGCUCUCACGGGUUUAUCUGACAGACGUGGCCUCUUUCGGCCCUGUCUUCGCCAAGGCUCUCUGGGCCUGGAUUCUUGCUUUCCGAACAGCCGACAAAGAAUCCGCAGCUAACUCUGCUGGCCCAGGAAGCGAGCGCCUUCUGCACAUGGUCUUGAGGGCUCUUUGUCCCUCUGCUGAUGUCGUGCAGAAGUCCGGGAUUUCUCCCGAUGAUCUCCAGGCUCAGCUUAUUGAAAUCCUCAUUCUGAGCCGACCAGAGUUGAUUCCUAGCGCCUCAUGGAUUUCUCUGUGUUUGAGAACAGGAACUGAUCCCGGUGGUCUUGUCCGUGUACACCCUGCCAAAUGCAUUGACCAGCUGGUUGGUGUCAACGCUGAUUCCGUUCAAUCAGCUGUUCCUGAUGUCAACCCGGCCGUUUGGAGCGCUGCGGCUGAACUGGCGUUCGUCGCACCUGACGCUAUGAUCCCACGUCUGGUCGAUCAGAUCAAGUAUGACUUGGAUGGCACUCGUCUUUCCAAGUUCACAGCCACAGAUGCUGCCAUUUCACGCACUCCUGAAGGCACCGCCUUCAUCGAUGUGCUCAGCAGCAAGUCGAAGCACCCUACCUUUGACAAGAACACUAAGGACUACGAUACUCUGAAGUGGGAAGAGGAGCUUCGAGCCCAGUUAGCCGAAAAGAAGGGACAGGCACAGAAGAAGCUCACUCCCGAGGAACAGUCCAAGGUCAAAGCCCAGCUCGCGAAGGAGGCUAAGAUUCGCACAGAUGUUCUAGAGGAAGUCAAGCGGAUUGAGCGAGGUGCUGGCCUCAUCCAUGGCCUCGCGACCGGGCCCGUCAAUGAUGUCUCUGGCUGGAUUAACGCUGCUGUCACAUCUCUAUUGUCGCUCGCCCAGGCUGGUGCUGGUCUGUUCGUUGGUGAUGUGGUCUCUCGGGCCUUCAUCACUUGUGCCAAUGAGGUUUCAUCUCGUCUCGGAAACCUGCGAUCUUUCAUUGGUAUCGCCACCCUGCGAGCCAUUGGCAACACCAACCUCCCCUCCGAUAUGGAAUUGGAGCCCCUCGGUGAACUUGUGACCAGAAUUCUCUACCGACUGCGCUUCGCCUCCGAGCAGCGUCCCUUUGAUACCACCUCUCUUGCCUACGUGCUUCCCCUCAUCUUCCAGGUUCUGACCCAGAACGGCAUCGACGAAGCUAAGGGCGAGGAAGAGGGUACUCAGGUUCUGCUGGCACUUGAAUUCCUUUCUUUCCACUCUGGUUCUUUCGCCGAUACCCGUCUCCCUCGCGUCGAAGUCCUUAACCAGCUGCUUUCCGCUAUGCAAAAAUACACCCAGCACUACAAGAUUGUCAAGGAUACUUUGAAUGACUUCUCUAGGUGUGUCUCCCCCAACAUCAACAGCAAUGAGUUGGACACACUUUUGCGGGGCGCCAUUGUCGCUGAGGCCUCUGUCCGAACGACUGUCCUCCAAGUCAUCGAGGCUGAGCUUGACCUGACCGAUCUGGAUUUCUCUGAGCAAAUUUGGCUCGCCUGUCACGACAGCGUAGAAGAGAACGCCGAAAUCGCAGACACCAUCUGGGAAGACAAUGCUCUCGAGGUGGAUGACAGCUCCUACAGCAAGAUCAUCAGGUACCUGGACUCGAAGGAUUAUCAACUGCGAGGUGCUGCUGCUCGUGCUCUGGCUCAUGCAAUUGAGUUUGACAAGAGCAAGUUCGUUGGCAUCUUGUCCGAGCUUCAAGCCAAGUAUGAGGACGAAAUCAAACCCAAGGCCCCUGAAAAGGAUGCCUACGGAAUGCCCAAGAAGGUGGAGGUCUCGGACCACUGGGAAGCUCGCAGCGGUAUUGCCCUUGCUUUCAAUGCCAUGACCAAUGAAUUUGAUGGCGAGCAAGGUGUUUCCUUCUUGCGGUUCCUCAUCGAGCAGGGUCCUCUGCUUGAUGGAAACUCCCGUGUUCGAAGCCAGAUGACCGAAAGUGGUAAAUCUGUCAUCAUCCAGCGGGGCCAAACCAAGGUUGAGGAGAUGAUGAAACUGCUCCAAACAACUUUGGAGACCUCUGACAAAGAUACAACGACCUCUGACCUGUUGAACGAGGCUGUCAUUGUGCUUUACGGAUCGGUGGCAACUCACCUCAAGGCGAAUGAUCCUCGCUUGCAGACUGUCAUCAAGGAAUUGCUCUCGGCCCUCGACACCCCAUCAGAAUCCGUGCAACACGCUGUCUCCGAGUGUCUGCCGCCAUUGAUCAGAUCCUCUGGGUCUAAGACCAAGGAGUACGUGGAAUCCCUUAUCCAGCGACUGUUCAAUGCCACCGAAUACCCUCCCCAGCGUGGUGCUGCCUAUGGCCUUGCUGCGGUUGUGUGUGGUAGAGGUAUCUCAACCUUGCGCGAGUUCCGUAUCAUGAGCCUGCUCAAGGAGGCCACUGAAAACAGAGCCCAAAAGGAGCACCGACGUGGAGCUUUGUUGGCGUAUGAGCUUCUUGCUCUUAUUCUGGGACGCACAUUCGAGCCUUUCGUGAUUCAAAUCGUUCCACAGCUUCUUGGUGGCUUCGGUGAUACCAGUAUUGGUGUCCGUGAUGCUUGUCUGGAUGCUUCAAGGGCAUGCUUCCAAAACCUCAGCUCUUACGGUGUGAAGCAGAUUCUUCCUACACUUCUCGAUGGUCUGGAUGACACUCAGUGGCGUAGUCAGAAGGGUGCUUGUGACCUGCUCGGAGCCAUGGCUUACUUGGACCCCCAGCAGCUUGCAGCCAGCUUGCCUGAAAUUAUCCCCUCUCUGACCAUUGUCCUCAAUGACACCCACAAGGAGGUUCGCAACGCAGCCAACCGCAGUCUCCAGCGUUUCGGUGAGGUUAUCAGCAACCCCGAAGUCAAGAGCUUGGUUGGUGUUCUUCUGAAGGCUCUCAGUGACCCAACGAAGCACACAGACGAGGCCCUGGAUUCCUUGAUCAAGGUCUCGUUCGUUCACUACCUCGAUGCCCCCUCACUUGCCCUGGUCACUCGCAUUCUUGAGCGUGGUCUUAGCGACAGGUCCAACACCAAGCGGAAGUCCGCAGAGAUCAUCGGCAGUUUGGCUCAUCUUACGGAGCGUAAGGAUCUCAUCACUCACCUGCCUAUCUUGGUGGCUGGUCUCUACCUGGCCAUUGUUGAUCCUGUCCCCACAACCCGUGCCACUGCCUCUAAGGCCCUUGGUUCGCUCAUCGAGAAGCUUGGAGAAGAUGCUCUUCCUGAUCUUAUUCCCAACCUCAUGGCUACUCUCAAGUCUGACACUGGCGCCGGUGACAGACUUGGUUCUGCCCAGGCCCUUUCCGAGGUGCUCGCUGGAUUGGGUACUACCAGACUCGAGGAGACUCUGCCUACCAUCCUUCAGAACGUUUCCAGCCCCAAGGCUUCUGUUCGUGAAGGCUUCAUGACCCUCUUCAUCUUCUUGCCUGCCUGCUUCGGUAACAGCUUUGCCAACUACCUCAGCAAGAUCAUUCCCCCUAUUCUGGCUGGUCUGGCUGAUGACAUCGACGCUAUUCGGGAAACUGCUCUCCGUGCCGGUCGCUUGCUUGUCAAGAACUUCGCCCACAAGGCCAUCGACCUGCUGCUUCCUGAGCUGGAGCGUGGUCUGGCUGACGACAGCUACCGCAUCCGUCUCAGCUCCGUCGAGUUGGUCGGUGAUCUUCUCUUCAGUCUUACUGGUAUCUCUGGUAAGAGCGAAGACGAGGAGGAAGAGGAAGAAGCCACUCAGGCUGGCCAAUCCUUGUUGGAGGUUCUCGGAGAAGAGCGCCGCAACAAGGUCCUUUCCGCUUUGUACAUCUGUCGCUGCGAUACCUCUGGUCAAGUCAAGAGUGCCGCUCUUGGUGUCUGGAAGGCGCUUGUUGCCUCCCCCAAGACCCUCAAGGAUAUGGUUCCCACUUUGUCUCAACUCAUCAUUCGCCGCCUUGGAUCUACCAACAUGGAGCAGAAGGUUAUUGCCAGCAACGCUCUUGGAGACCUUAUCAAAAAGGCUGGAGAGUCUGUGCUCAAUACCUUGCUUCCCUUGCUUCAAGAUGGUCUUCAGACUUCACCCGACGUGGAUGUCAAGCAGGGUAUCUGUAUCGCUCUCCGUGAGCUCAUCACUGCCGCUUCUCCCGAUGCACUGGAGGACUUUGAGGAGAUUCUCAUCGCCACUGUUCGCGUGGCGCUGGUUGACAACGACGAGGAUGUCCGUGAAGCCGCCGCCGAGGCCUUCGACUCCCUCCAACAGAUCUUGGGCAAGCGGGCUGUCGACCAGGUUCUGCCUUACCUUCUUCACUUGCUGAGGAACGACAACGACGCCGAGCAGGCCCUGUCAGCCUUGUUGACGCUUCUUACGGAGCAAACUCGCGCCAACAUCAUCCUUCCAAACCUCAUCCCCACCUUGCUCACGCCGCCAAUUUCUGCCUUCAACGCCAGGGCCCUGGCAUCUCUAGCAGAGGUGGCUGGUUCUGCUAUGACCAGAAGAUUGCCUACCAUCCUCAACUCUCUCAUGGAUGGCAUCAUCGAGUCUACCGACGAGGAGCAUCGCGAGGAGCUCAGCAAUGCCUUCGACACAGUCUUGGUGUCUGUGGACGAAUACGAUGGCUUGAGCGCAGCCAUGAGCGUGAUGAUCACUCUUGCGAAGCACGACGACCACCGCCGUCGCGCAGCCGCCGCCGUCCAUCUGACCAAGUUCUUCGCAGAGGCCGAAAUGGACUUCUCGCGAUACUACCAGGACUUGAUCCGCGCCCUGUUGAUUUCAUUCGACGACGCAGAUAAGGACGUCGUCAAGUCAGCAUGGACAGCCCUUACUGGUCUAAUGGCUCACAUGCGCAAGGAAGAGAUGGAGGCCCUGGCCAUUCCUACCCGCCAAAUCCUCCGACAGGUGGGUGUGGCUGGCGCGGAUCUGCCCGGUUUCAGUCUGCCCAAGGGAAUUAUGGCUAUUCUGCCAAUCUUCUUGCAAGGUCUUCUCAACGGUACUACCGACCAGCGUACUCAAUCUGCUCUGGCGAUGUCCGACAUUAUCGACCGUACUCGUGCCGAGUCAUUGAAGCCUUUCGUCACACAAAUCACUGGUCCGCUCAUUCGUGUUGUCUCAGAGCGCUCCGUGGACAUCAAGUGUGCUAUCUUCUACACUCUCAACAAGCUGUUGGAGAAGAUCCCCUUGGCUGUCAAGCCGUUCUUGCCUCAGCUUCAGCGUACCUUCGCCCGUGGUCUGGCUGAUACAACUAGCGAGACCCUGCGCAACCGCGCCGCUAAGGGUCUUGGUAUCUUGAUCACUCUGACACCAAGAGUUGAUCCGCUUAUUGCUGAACUUAUCACUGGAUCCAAGACACCCGAUCUUGGUGUCAAGAACGCCAUGAUGAAGGCUCUCCAGGAGGUUGUUGGCAAGGCCGGUGGUAACAUGAGUGAAGCCUCACGACAGGCCAUUCUUGCUCUGAUCGAUGAUGAUUCUAGCGACCAGACUGACUCUGUUGCCAUUACCAACGCACGUCUCCUUGCUGCGCUUGUGAAGGUCCUUCCCGCCGCUAGCUCGGUUCCUCUGAUCAAGAACCGUAUCCUCAGCGGCCCGCUCUCUCACGCCUCAGUCCUUGGCCUCAAUGCUCUUUUGGCCGAGUGUUCCGAGGUUCUGACUGAGCACUUUGAGGCUGAGCUGCCCACCGUCAUUUGCCAGGGUAUCGCCAACAAGGAUCCCUUCGUGUCCGACAACAGCGCGCUCGCUGCAGGCAAGUACCUCCUGUCGAACGAUGGAGACCACGCCUUCGAGUCCAGCAAGGCCAUCUUCGAGGCCUUUGUGCCCGCCAUCCAGGCCGGCAGUCCCUCCGAUACCCGCCGCUUGAGUCUGGUAGCCAUCCGAACUGUCAGCCGUCUUCACCCCGAGCUGGCCCGUCCCCACCUGGCUCUUCUCGCGCCACCCAUCUUCGCCUGUGUCCGUGACCUGGUGAUCCCCGUCAAGCUGGCAGCCGAAGCAGCCUUCCUGUCCAUCUUCUCGGUCGUCGAGUCCGACAGUGAGGUGUUCGACAAGUACAUGGCUGGCCCGGGUGCCUCUCUGCCUCCAGGCCCUAAGCGCAGCAUGUCCGAUUACUUCAAGCGCGUUGCCAUCCGAUUGGCCACCCAGGCGCGUGAGCGUCGUGAGGCUGAAGGUGGUGAGGGUGGUCUUGGACUGUCCAAUGAUGAGGUGGAUGAUGAGAAGGAAUUGUGGAGCAUCGGCAAGGUUGAUCUUGGAGAUGCCUUUGGCGAGGAAUGA